CGGCUGAUUGGUGCGAGAGGUGAGGAAGGCGAGGCUCUGAGCCGGAGGUUUUGUUGUGAGGGUCGGUUGUCAAGCAGCGGCCAAUCAGGCCAGGGGAUGGAGGCAAGUGGGGGUCGCGCCUGGAGCGGAGCCUCGGCCUCCAGAGCCGCAGCUGCAGCCCAGUGUUGAGCUGAGAUGGCUCAAGCCUGACAUUCCAUGACCCAGGAUCCCGACGGUCACGCACGGGCUGCUGCUGUGGAUGAUUUAAAACCACGAGGUGGUCCGGGGCUGGGAGACGAAGCAUUCCCUCUGCCUGGAUGUGUGGAAACUCCCUGCCAACUUGAUUGGCGGAUCUGGGGGGGAUCCACCCCCACCCCACAAGGAAAGCACUGUCUACUGUGGGUGGAACUUCAGGUGCCAGCCAGCUGAAGGAUGGCCACCCCUGUGGUCACCAAGACGGCCUGGAAGUUACAGGAGAUCGUGGCCCAUGCCAGCAACGUAUCCUCACUGGUGCUGGGCAAAGCCUCGGGCCGGCUGCUGGCCACAGGCGGGGAUGACUGCCGCGUCAACCUGUGGUCCAUCAACAAGCCCAACUGCAUCAUGAGCCUGACGGGUCACACGUCCCCAGUGGAGAGCGUACGUCUCAACACCCCUGAGGAGCUCAUUGUGGCCGGUUCCCAGUCGGGCUCCAUCCGCGUCUGGGACCUGGAAGCUGCCAAAAUCCUUCGCACACUUAUGGGGCACAAAGCCAACAUCUGCAGCCUGGAUUUCCACCCGUAUGGCGAGUUUGUGGCCUCGGGUUCCCAGGACACGAACAUCAAGCUCUGGGACAUCAGGAGGAAAGGCUGUGUGUUCCGAUACAGGGGGCACAGCCAGGCCGUGCGGUGUCUCCGGUUCAGCCCCGACGGGAAGUGGCUGGCAUCGGCCGCAGAUGACCACACGGUGAAGCUCUGGGAUCUGACUGCUGGCAAGAUGAUGUCCGAGUUCCCCGGCCACACAGGGCCUGUCAACGUGGUGGAGUUUCACCCCAACGAGUACCUCCUGGCUUCUGGCAGCUCUGACAGGACCAUCCGUUUCUGGGAUCUGGAGAAAUUCCAGGUGGUGAGCUGUAUCGAAGGGGAGCCAGGGCCUGUCAGGAGCGUCCUCUUCAACCCCGAUGGCUGCUGCCUGUAUAGUGGCUGCCAGGACUCACUGCGCGUCUACGGCUGGGAGCCCGAGCGCUGCUUUGACGUGGUCCUCGUCAACUGGGGCAAGGUGGCCGACCUGGCCAUCUGCAAUGACCAGCUGAUAGGCGUGGCCUUCUCCCAGAGCAGCGUCUCCUCUUACGUGGUGGACCUGACGCGGGUCACCAGGACGGGCACGGUAGCCCCGGACCCCAUGCAGGACAGCCAGCCCCCGGCACAGCAGCCGCCACACCCCAGCGCCCCGCUUCGGCGCAUCUACGAGCGGCCCGGCGCCACCGGCAGCGAGCCUCAGAGGGUGAAGCAGAACUCAGAGAGCGAGCGCCGCAGCCCCAGCAGCGAGGAUGACCGGGAUGAGCGGGAGUCUCGGGCGGAGAUCCAGAACGCCGAGGACUACAACGAGAUCUUCCAGCCCAAGAACAGCAUCAGUCGGACGCCACCCCGAAGAAGUGAGCCCUUCCCAGCACCCCCAGAGGAUGACGUGGCCACAGCCAAGGAGGCAGCAAAGCCCAGCCCAGCCAUGGACGUGCAGUUCCCGGUGCCAAAACUCGAGGUCCUGUCCCGGCCCCCAGUCGUCACUUCCACCCCCGCACCCAAGGCCGAGUCUGCCAUCAUCCCUGCCACCCGGAACGAGCCCAUCGGACUGAAGGCCUCUGACUUCCUGCCUGCCGUGAAGAUCCCCCAGCAGGCGGAGCUGGUCGACGAGGAUGCCAUGUCACAGAUCCGCAAAGGCCAUGACACCAUGUGUGUCGUGCUCACCAGCCGCCACAAGAACCUGGACACCGUGCGGGCCGUGUGGACCACGGGUGACAUCAAGACGUCGGUGGACUCGGCCGUGGCCAUCAAUGACCUGUCCGUGGUCGUGGACCUCCUUAACAUUGUCAACCAGAAAGCCUCCCUGUGGAAGCUGGACCUAUGCACCACCGUCCUGCCACAGAUCGAGAAGCUUCUGCAGAGCAAGUAUGAGAGCUACGUCCAGACGGGCUGCACCUCUCUGAAGCUGAUCCUGCAGCGGUUUCUGCCCCUGAUCACAGACAUGCUGGCGGCCCCGCCCACCGUGGGUGUGGACAUCAGCCGGGAGGAGAGCCUCUGGCCACAAGGCUCUCCGGGGCCCCAUAUUGCCUGCCUGGCUCUUCAGAGAUGAGACCACGCCUUCUCCAAGACCCAGAGGCGGUGCACCAGGCAGCGUGGCCAGCAGGGGGCAGCAGAGCGAUGGGCCGGCGGGAAGGGGUAAGUUCAGACUUGUUCUGGGGAGAAGAGGGACCCAGCAACUCCCCCUUUCACGGCUAGGAGAAACAGGUGAGGAGUGGGCUCAUCAGCUCAUCCCCUGUCUCAGCCACACUCCCACUGUCCCGUGGAUGCCUCCAGGGCCAGCAGGUGUACACUGCAGGGGGCCAGGACCCCAGCCUUGCAGGCAUGGCCACCGCUAGGCUGACCCAGGGCCCACCACCCUCCCCCAUCCCUCCAGGAGGCCUCCAGGGAUAGGACCGGAAGGGCAGCUGCCCCGUCCUCCAAACAGCUUUCACUCCCUGCAGGAGCCCCCAGUGCUGGCUGGCCGGAACAGCUCCCCUGACCCAGUGGUCGUCCCUUAUGCUCCUGAGGCAGGUUCCACCCCAGUUUGGUGGGAGGGCCUCACUGAGCCCUGCCCAUGUUUUCCCAGGUUGGGACCGGGUGCAGGCCAGCACAGCCCCCGUGGUGGCGCUGCCCUGGUGGGUGGGGUGCUGUCAGCAGAGGGAGGAGGGGUGCAGCACUUACCUGUGGCCAGUUCACUUAAGGGGGCAAGGCCAGGGCAGGCGGUGGAGUGGGGCCCACUCCGGCUGGGUUUUUGGCAAGCCUGUGGAGAGCUUGAGUUUCCCAUCUAUAAGAUGGAGGUGACAGCACUGUUGUAUGGGUCACAGUCAUGAUAAGGGUGGGGGGAGGGGGCCCCUCCUAGUCAGGAAUGUUCAGAAAAACAUGAUCCUGACUUGGUGACCAGCCAGCAGUGGGGAGCCAAUGGCACGUGCCAGUGCCCUGCUUGCCCCCUGCGACCUGACCGGGGGUUCACGAGACCAACUCUUCCAGACGAUGCUUGUGUAAAAAGGUUAUUUUAAUAAGUAAAAAUGCCUAAGCUUCCAAAAGUUCUUAAAUAGGAUUUCAGAGGGAGGAAAAUGUCAAGAGGCCAGUGGGCAAGGCGAUAGCCUGGUGCCAGGCACAUGAGGGGGAGCAGCAAGAUCCCCACCCGCUGGCCUCCUGCCGGCCAUAAAUACAGCCCGGCCCGCGGCGGCGAGGGCCGUGCUCCUGUGUACACCUAGGAACACUAUAUACACGCCCAGUGAGACACUCUCCUCCCUGGGAGCCAGGGAAGAGUGGCGCAGGGCCGCCCACCAACCGCCCAGUUCCCACCGUUCCUGUGCCUUCUGGGGGCUCCUCAGCCCCCCCACUAGGGAGGGGCCCUGCAGGGUGGGGAGGGCUGGGCCAGCCCAUACCACCUGCGCCCAGAGCCACAGCCGAGACACCCUUUCCUUCUGAGCGUGUUUCUUAUCUCUGAGGGGAGACGGGCGAACGAGGAGCCUCCACUCUGGCCUCUGCCUUGUGGGCUCCAGGCGCUGCAGCAGGAACAGGCCAGGCAGGCAUCAGGACCCAGUCCCUCAUCCGGCAGAGUGGGCAUGUCCAUCACACAGGCAACGGCCUCGACUUCCCUGCAGGAGGGGGAGGGUUCGUCAGCACCAGGACUGUCAGCCUCUGUCCCAGAGCAGGAGGGAGCUGCAGAAGCACACAGGCAGCAGGCAGCGGACCCCAGACCCCGCCCUGAGCAGCCAGCUUCCCGGCACAGCCCUGCAACCCGAGGCGGCCAGGCGGCUGGGCGGGCAGCCCUGGGCUGCGGGCCCGACACUCACCUGGAGACUUUGCAGCCCCAGCCGUCAGGCUGAAAUCAAAGCAACAGGUAUCUCACCGGUGGGCCCGCCUUGGGCCAGGACCCCCCGGGACCCUGCUGCCCCCCUCUCCCUUUAGACUCAAACACUCACCAGGCCCUUCUGUGAGUGGGCCAAGCUGGAGGCUGGAGCCCCGUAUUCUAGUCCUGUGGCCUGGCUCACUCCUCAUCUGGGACAGGUGAGCCUUGUCCUUUCUACCCCCCGGGAGCCAAGGCCUGCCUUGGACAGUGUAUCGUGCAUGAGCCCAACCAGCCCAGCCUCAGAGGAUCAGAGGAUUGUGUCCUGGGCCUCCUGUCAGCAGCCCUGCUAGGAGCCCGGAGGGCUGGACCCAGCACUGUCUGCCCUGGCUACUUCCCAGGGCCAGGGAAGGUUGUGAAACAGGUUCUGGAGAAGUUUUAUAAACUUAAAAAAAAAAAGGAAAGAAAAGAAAAAG